UAUGAUGGGGGGCGUGGGGGGUCUUUUUCCUGUCACAUCUGUGUGAGCCACUGGACAAAAGCGUUCAGAGAUGACAGAUUGGAGAUCUUUGGUGUUUGUAGCAAUGAAAGUCCACUGCUUUGACCUUCGACAUUAAGUAUUUUUUUUUUUACUUAGUGCGUCUGAGUCUGUAGUGGCGCAAGUACGGAAAAGGAAAAGUGCGUUUCAACACCCACUGCAAAGUCCUUCAUCCGUCCACUGCUGGGUCAACUCUUACGCUCGAGUAUGAUCGACUACGAAGCGGACACCGCUUUCCUCGGAGACUGGGGACGUUUCCAGCGACAGGUGUUUUAUCUCCUCUGCGUGACCAUCGUCCCCAACGGCUUCGCCGGCGUCGCCAUCGUGUUCGUCGCCGACACGCCGGCGCACCGCUGCGCCGUGCCGGCGCACGUCAACCUCACCGCGGCGUGGAGGAACAGCAGCAUCCCGCUGCUGGAGGUGGAGGAGAAGAGCGGCGCGCUGGUGCCCAGCAAGUGCCUCCGAUACAAGCUGGAGGACAUACUGCGGUACUCGGAGACAGGUUUAAUGCCCGGCGUUGAUGUCAAUCUGACGAAUGUGCCAAAAGAAGGCUGUUUGGACGGCUGGGAGUAUGACCGCAGCGUUUACGCGUCUACUAUCACAUCUGAGUGGGACCUGGUGUGUGAUAAUGGGUGGAAGAACCCACUGACUACCUCCGUCUUCUUCUGUGGACUUCUCGCUGGUUCCCUGAUUUCAGGCCAGCUCUCUGACAGGUAUGGGAGGAAAAUGGUCCUGUUCGUUACCAUCUUGCUCCAAAGUGUGUUCACACUCCUGCAGGUCUUCGCUCAGUCCUGGGUUGUGUUCUGCGUGUUGCACUUUGUUGUUGGGAUGGGACACAUCUCCAAUUAUGUGGCUGCAUUUGUGUUAGGAAUGGAGACUUUAAGCCCACAUGUGCGGACUAUAUACUCUACCGUGGGCGCAAACCUGUUCUUUGUUGCAGGCUACAUGCUGCUGCCUCUGUGUGCUUUCUUUAUCAGAGACUGGAGGAUGCUUCUCCUCGUCCUCUCCCUGCCUGGAUUCCUCUAUGUGCCUCUCUGGUGGUUCAUCCCAGAGUCUCCUCGGUGGCUGCUCUCUCAGGGCAGAGUGGAAGAGGCUGAGGCCAUAGUGAGAGAAGCUGCUCAUAGGAACAACAUAGAGCCUCCACCAGUCAUAUUUAAUCCUUCUGGGAAAGACUGCGAGCCUGAGAAGAAGACGGCGUACAACAUCUGCAAGCUGUUAGAGUCGCGAAACAUCCGCGGGAUUUCUCUCAUGCUGUGGCUGGUGUGGAACAGCCUGUCCAUCGCCUACUCCGGGCUUUCCUUGAACACGGCGAACCUCCACGGCAACGCGUACUUCAACUGUUUCCUGUCGGCUCUGGUGGAGCUGCCCGCCUACUUUUUGUCGUGGGUCUUGUUCCGCUGGUGUUUGAGGCGACCGAGUCUCUCAUCGACUCUCUUCACCGGCGGAGCGUUGCUGCUCUUCACGCAGCUCAUACCAACAGACCAGGUCGCUCUUGCCAUAUUGUUUGAGAUGACGGGGAAGUUUGCAGUGACGACAGCUUACUCCUUUGUGUACGCCUACACGGCGGAGCUUUACCCAACUGUGCUAAGGAACACAGCUGUCGGUGCCUGCUCCAUGGCCUGCAGAAUAGGCAGCAUCACUUCUCCUUACUUCAUUUACCUCAGAAACUAUUCGCCUUCACUGCCUUACAUCGUCAUGGGAAGCAUCACGACCGUGUCGGCGUUGCUGAGCCUCCUGCUGCCCGAGAGCUUUGGAAUGCCUCUGCCAGACACCAUCGCUCACAUGCAACACUUCCCUGGGUGUGUUCAGAAGACACCGCACACACUCACGGAAACAGACGAUGAAGAAAAUCCUUUGAGUGGAUUGAUGAAGAAGGAGCAGGACUUGUAUCCAGUCUCUCCGCACACGUCUUCUAAAUGCUCAAAAGAGAGUUCGCGUUAGAGUCACUCUGCGGGACACGAACCGAGGACGCUGAGGAACAUAAGAACAUAUCAUUAAAAUGUCUGGAGGAAAUAUGAGUUUCUCAAAAAACACAGUCAAAAGGAGGGUAAAUC